UUCUUGCUCUCUUCCUUCGAAGGUGCUGCGCAGAUUUGCCGCCUUCUCCCACUCCACUCAAACCCUAGCACGUCUCUACCGGUCGAUCGCCGUUCUCCGGUCGCUAUCCGGCCGGAACAGAAUGGCGCUGCAGUCUCUGUACCGGCUACACCAGCCGGCUUACGCUCCAUCGUCGUCUUCGUCGCCUUCAUCGCGCUCGUUGAGUUCUUUGCAGUCUGCGGAGGCUAAGCGGCUGAUUUUCGGUGACUUCAAUGGCCUGUUCUGCAGGAGGAGUUCGAGCAGAUCGGUCCGACGAGCUCGCGGAGGUCAACAGAUAUCAAGAAGCAGAGGUCUGCACUCAAAUUGGUCAAAGAUUCGCGCCGCCAGUUCGGUCUUGCCGAACAAUCAGAAGAAGGUGGUUAAUUUGGAGGACAUUAUUUCUGAAAGGGGCGCUUGUGGUGUUGGGUUCAUUGCUAACUUGAGACACAAGGCAUCUCAUGCUAUCAUAAGUGAUGCAUUAACUGCCCUUGGCUGCAUGGAGCAUCGUGGAGGUUGUGGUGCAGAUAAUGAUUCUGGGGAUGGUGCUGGGGUGAUGAGCAGCAUUCCAUGGGACCUUUUCAACAAUUGGGCUGACAAACAAGGAAUUGCUCUAUUUAAUGAGUCAAACACUGGUGUGGGAAUGGUUUUUCUCCCCAAGGAUGAGGUUCAGUUGAAAGAAGCAAAGACAGUUAUUGUCAAUAUUAUGAAGCAAGAGGGGCUUGAGGUUCUAGGUUGGAGGCCUGUACCUACAAAUGUUUCUGUAGUAGGCUAUUAUGCAAGAGAAACGAUGCCUAACAUACAGCAAGUGUUUGUCAAAGUGGAAAAAGAAGACAAUGUUGAUGACAUUGAAAGGGAAUUGUACAUUACCCGAAAAUUGAUUGAAAGAGAAGCAAAACAAAAGGAAUGGGGCAGUGAGCUCUACUUCUGCUCUUUAUCUAAUCAAACAAUAGUCUAUAAAGGUAUGCUUCGGUCGGAGGUAUUGGGGCAGUUCUAUCUGGAUCUUCAGAGUGAGCUAUACAAAUCACCUUUUGCCAUUUACCAUAGAAGGUACAGCACAAAUACUAGUCCAAGAUGGCCUCUUGCUCAGCCAAUGAGGUUGCUUGGCCACAACGGGGAAAUAAAUACCAUACAGGGAAACUUGAAUUGGAUGCAAUCUCGUGAGUCAUCAAUCAAAUCUCCUGUUUGGCGUGGCCGUGAAAAUGAACUUCGUCCUUUUGGUGAUUCAAGGGCAUCAGAUUCGGCCAACCUUGACAGUGCUGCUGAAUUGUUACUGAGAAGUGGGCGUAAUGCAGAGGAAGCACUUAUGAUUCUUGUUCCAGAGGCAUACAAGAACCAUCCCACCUUAACAAUAAAAUAUCCAGAGGUUGUUGACUUCUAUGACUAUUACAAAGGCCAAAUGGAGGCAUGGGAUGGUCCUGCUUUACUCUUAUUCAGUGAUGGGAAAACGGUGGGAGCUUGCCUUGACCGUAAUGGACUUCGACCUGCUCGAUAUUGGAGGACGGUAGAUGAUAUGGUCUAUGUUGCGUCUGAGGUGGGUGUGCUGCCAAUGGAUGAGUCAAAAGUCAUCAUGAAAGGCCGCUUAGGUCCUGGGAUGAUGAUUAGUGUGGACCUUAUUAAUGGUGAGGUCUAUGAGAAUACAGAGGUAAAAAAGCGUGUUGCCUUAGCAAGCCCGUACAGGAAGUGGCUCGAGGAAAAUUCAAGAACAUUGAAGCCAUCAAAUUUUCUCAAUUCAGCACUUAUGGAGAGCGAAACAAUUCUACAGCAUCAGCAGGCAUAUGGGUACUCAAGUGAGGAUGUUCAGAUGGUAAUUGAGAGCAUGGCAUCCCAAGGAAAGGAACCAACGUUUUGUAUGGGAGAUGACAUUCCUUUAGCUGCACUCUCACAGAAACCACAUAUGUUAUAUGAUUAUUUCAAGCAGCGGUUUGCACAGGUCACAAAUCCUCCAAUUGAUCCCCUUCGAGAAGGCUUGGUUAUGUCUCUUGAGGUUAGUCUGGGUAAGAGGGGAAACAUUUUAGAACUUGGACCAGACAAUGCUGCACAGGUUGUCCUUUCAAGUCCUGUUUUGAAUGAAAGGGAGCUGGACCUUUUAGUCAAAGAUCCACAUCUGAAGCCCCAAAUAUUGCCGACCUUUUUUGAUAUAAAGAAAGGCCUUGAUGGUUCUCUGGAGAGAGCCUUGAGAAGGCUUUGUGAAGCAGCUGAUGAAGCUGUACGAGGUGGUUCUCAGCUUCUCAUUCUUUCAGAUCGGUCUGAUGAACUGGAACCUACACGCCCUGCUAUCCCAAUACUUCUUGCAGUAGGUGCGGUUCACCAACAUCUUAUCCAGAAUGGCUUGCGUAUGUCAGCCUCCAUAAUUGCUGACACUGCCCAAUGCUUCAGCACUCACCAGUUUGCUUGUUUAAUUGGAUAUGGUGCAAGUGCGAUAUGUCCAUAUCUGGCACUAGAGACUUGUCGUCAGUGGCGCCUGAGUACUAAAACUGUGAACUUGAUGCGAAAUGGAAAGAUGCCCACUGUGACAAUUGAGCAAGCUCAGAAAAACUUUUGCAAGGCCGUGAAAUCAGGUCUUCUCAAGAUCCUAUCUAAGAUGGGCAUUUCAUUAUUGUCUAGUUAUUGUGGAGCCCAAAUAUUUGAGAUUUAUGGUCUGGGGCAUGACGUCGUUGAUCUAGCUUUCUGUGGAAGUGUCUCCAAAGUUGGUGGAUUAACUGUUGAUGAGGUUGCAAGAGAGACAUUAUCUUUUUGGGUGAAGGCCUUUUCAGAAGAUACUGCAAAGCGGCUUCAAAAUUUUGGAUUUAUUCAAUUCAGACCUGGAGGGGAAUAUCAUGGAAACAAUCCUGAGAUGUCAAAGUUGCUGCACAAAGCAGUCCGUCAAAAAAGUGAAACAGCUUUCUCAAUUUAUCAACAACACAUUGCCAACCGUCCUAUAAAUGUUCUACGGGACCUUCUUGAAUUUAAGAGUGACAGGCCACCUAUCCCUGUAGGCAAAGUUGAAUCUGCUUCAUCAAUUGUUGAGCGUUUUUGCACUGGUGGGAUGUCUCUUGGAGCUAUUUCAAGAGAAACCCAUGAAGCAAUUGCAAUAGCAAUGAACAGAUUAGGUGGAAAGUCUAACUCAGGAGAAGGUGGUGAGGAUCCUAUCCGUUGGCGUCCACUAUCUGAUGUUGUUGAUGGAUACUCUUCAACUCUACCACACCUGAAAGGUCUCCAGAAUGGGGACACUGCCACAAGUGCAAUUAAACAGGUUGCUUCAGGGCGUUUUGGAGUCACUCCUACAUUUCUUGUAAAUGCUGAUCAGCUCGAAAUUAAAAUUGCCCAAGGUGCAAAGCCUGGAGAAGGAGGGCAGCUUCCAGGCAAAAAGGUUAGCGCCUAUAUUGCACGACUGCGGAACUCAAAGCCGGGGGUUCCUCUUAUAUCCCCACCUCCACAUCAUGACAUCUAUUCCAUUGAAGACUUGGCACAGUUAAUUUUUGAUCUUCAUCAGGUCAAUCCCAAGGCCAAGGUCUCUGUUAAGCUUGUCGCAGAAGCUGGUAUUGGUACGGUUGCUUCUGGGGUUGCAAAGGGUAAUGCUGAUAUAAUUCAGAUUUCUGGUCAUGAUGGUGGAACUGGAGCAAGUCCUAUCAGUUCAAUUAAGCAUGCUGGUGGUCCAUGGGAACUUGGACUCACAGAAACUCAUCAGACGUUAAUUGAAAAUGGUCUGAGGGAGAGGGUCAUUUUGAGAGUUGAUGGUGGUCUCAAAAGCGGUAUGGAUGUUAUGAUGGCUGCUGCAAUGGGUGCUGAUGAAUAUGGGUUUGGUUCUGUAGCUAUGAUUGCUACUGGAUGCGUUAUGGCACGAAUAUGCCACACGAAUAACUGCCCAGUUGGUGUGGCAAGUCAGAGAGAGGAGUUACGGGCUCGUUUUCCUGGUGUCCCAGGGGAUCUUGUUAAUUUCUUCCUGUUUGUUGCUGAAGAGGUGCGCGGCAUGUUGGCACAACUUGGAUACGAGAAGUUGGAUGAUAUUAUUGGUCGAACUGAUUUGCUAAGACCAAGAAGCAUCUCUUUGGUGAAAACACAACAACUUGACCUUAGUUACAUACUCUCUAGUGUUGGUCUACCCAAGUGGACUAGUACUCAAAUAAGAAGCCAGGAUGUUCAUACCAAUGGGCCUGUUCUGGACGAUAUUUUGCUGUCAGAUCCACAGAUAGCAGAAGCAAUUGAGCAAGAGAAAGUUGUGCACAAAACCAUCAAAAUAUACAAUGUUGAUCGUGCUGUGUGCGGUCGUGUAGCUGGAGUAAUAGCGAAAAAGUAUGGGGACACAGGGUUUGCUGGACAGCUGAAUAUAACGUUCACAGGAAGUGCUGGUCAAUCUUUUGGUUGUUUUUUGAUACCUGGGAUGAACAUUAGGCUUGUUGGUGAAGCCAAUGAUUAUGUUGGAAAGGGAAUGGCUGGUGGUGAGCUUGUGGUGACUCCAGUUCAAGAAACCGGAUUUACUCCUGAAGAUGCCACAAUAGUGGGUAACACUUGCCUCUAUGGUGCAACUGGUGGUCAAAUCUUUGUAAGAGGAAAGGCUGGGGAACGUUUUGCUGUGAGGAACUCUCUAGUUGAAGCUGUCGUUGAGGGUACUGGAGAUCAUUGUUGUGAAUACAUGACUGGUGGUUGUGUUGUUGUACUUGGAAAAGUUGGUCGAAAUGUAGCUGCUGGCAUGACUGGUGGAUUGACUUACAUCCUUGAUGAAGACGACACUCUUAUUCCUAAGGUAAACAAAGAAAUUGUGAAAAUACAGAGAGUCGUUGCACCAGCUGGUCAGAUGCAACUGAGGAGCCUUAUAGAAGCACACGUUGAAAAAACUGGUAGCAGCAAGGGAACUUCUAUUCUUAAAGAAUGGGAUCGUUAUCUGCCCUUGUUCUGGCAAUUGGUGCCGCCAAGUGAAGAAGACACUCCAGAAGCCUGUGCGGAUUUUGAGAGCACAACUGCAGGGCAGGUUACCGUUCAAUCAGCGUAGAGCAACUUUGGUUGGUGGGGAUAAUAUGAAUUGCUGCAUGUCAUGGGCAGGAAUCGUGCUGGCACUGUCGAAGCAUGUAUCCAUCGCUGUCGAAACAGCAUUCACCAUGAAAAGGCUGGGUUCCAAACUUAUCCAGUUUAACCCUAGUUGCUUCUUGUGAUAUCCUGCUCCUUCGUCUUUAUCAUGACGAGUUUCCUUCAUACAAUAAUGUGUGCCCAAAUGGGGCAUCACCAUUGCCUGCACGGCACCCGGUGUACAUCGGAAACAUUGUAUUGAUUAACCCAAACCAUGGGUUUCCAUGUCCACUCAGGAAUAUGUUCCGUAUAUGUUAAUGUAAGCUAAGAUAUUGUGUUGAAAUCUACGUGAUUGUACUUAGUUGCGUCGAUGUAGUUCUGCAAACCUUAUACUGGAGCUCUGCUUUAUCAUUCUUUCGAUGAUUCA